GUUAUAAGGAUACAUCUUCUGCAUCCUGUCAGAUAUUCUGUGUUUAUAUCACAUCGAUAGACCGGUUUUUGAUAAUUGUUAAGUUUAUUUUCACAUCUUCACAUAAUGUACACAGCAAGGCUGGCUCGGUCUACUCCUCGUUUUACACGGGGCGCAUUUCCAAACAGACGGGCAUCUCCCCUAUUUCAAGCACGAAACCUCCAUUUGGCGCCCCCUUUUCUAGUCGAAGAUUAUAUCCCAAGGUAUCAGUUACUUUCUUCGGUCGACGCAUCGAAGAAAAGAUCUGCUGCGUAUGCACAUCUACGGAACUGCAACCUAUGUCCUCGGCUGUGUGGCGUCAACAGAUACGAGAAGACAGGCACUUGUAUGAUUGGAGCGGAGACAGUCAAGGUCAACGUUAUCGCACCGCACUUUGGCGAAGAACCAUGCAUACAAGGGCACAAUGGAUCUGGCGCAGUAUUCUUUAGUGGAUGUAAUCUUCGUUGCGUAUUUUGCCAGAACCACGAUAUUGCACACCAGAGGAACGGUCAAGAUCUUACUCCCGAAGAGCUUGCCGAAUGGUAUAUCAAGCUCCAAAACGUCGGGAAUGUCCACAAUAUCAACCUGAUCACUCCCGAGCACGUCGUCCCACAGGUCGUCCUCUCAAUCCUUCAUGCCCGUGAUCUGGGUUUGAAGGUGCCUAUUGUAUACAAUACUUCAGCAUUUGAUUCAUUAGCCUCGAUCGAGCUGCUAGAUGGCUUAGUUGAUAUUUAUCUGCCGGAUUUCAAAGUCUGGAAAGAUAGUACUUCGAAACGACUAUUGAAGGCAGACAAUUAUACCGAGACAGCCAUGGAGAGUGUCAAGGCCAUGUUCGAUCAAGUGGGUGACCUAGCAUUCUCCUUAGAUGGAAUCGCGAAGAAGGGGGUGCUUGUCAGGCAUCUGGUCAUGCCAGGCUACGAAGCCGAAGGCCAGGAGAUCAUGAAGUGGCUGGCUAGUAAUAUUUCGAGGGACGUUUUUGUGAACAUCAUGGAGCAAUACCACCCAGACGCACAUGUCGGAAAGGUGAAGCCCUCUCGUAAGGGUUCCACAACGGAGAAAGAGCAGGGUGGGACGGUGAGAUAUGAAGAGAUCAACCGGCAUGUCAAUAAACAAGAGAUUUCGAGUGUCCGCACUGCUGCAGAACAAGCAGGUCUUUGGAGGUUCUGCGACCCCCCGAGGCAUGAUGGCUUUAAUAUCUGAUCUAAAAGAAAGCUGGUUGGAAUGCUCAUUACUCGGCUUCACCCAACAAAAGG